GAGAUUUUUUUCAUAUCAACUAGUAUGUAUAUGAUACCAUUAUUAUAUAGUAAAGUGGGAAACUCCUUCAACAGUUAUUUUGAAAAAAGGUCUUCGAAUGCCAUGUCAUGUUGGAGGUCACCACGUUUUCUAGCGUCUCUACACGACCGCUAUUUGUUAAAGUUAUCAGGAAAGGAUACUACCAAGUUUCUUCAGGGUCUAAUAACACAAAACGUGGAGUUGCUAACAAAACAGAGCCAAAAGCCAACUUUGGGUUAUACAGGCUUUCUUAAUAAGCGAGGACGUCUGAUCAACCAAGGAUUCCUUGCUCCGUUGAGUGAAAGUUGUGAAGACUGGUUGAUUGAUGUACAUCCAUCUACGGGUUCUGAACUAGUGAAGCAUCUUCAGUUAUUUCGGCUUCGUUCUAAAGUAGAGAUAUCGAAUGUUUCGGAUUCAUACUCAGUGUGGUUAGUAUCAGAAUACUGUUCGAAGACCUCCAUCCUGCUAAUAUAUUGCAACCAACUCUCAAGGGUUGCACCAGGUUUAGAAAGAAUGGAUCAGAUAUGGUCAGACUUUGUUCCAGAUAAACCAACAGUCUAUUCUUUGGACCCUCGUGUUUCACGUCUAGGUUUGCGUUUUUAUACUUCUAUCCAUACCAAAUAUCAAGGACAAAAAGAAGCACAAGGAAGUGAAGAAUUAUAUCAUGUAUGGAGAAUGAUAUAUGGCAUUCCAGAAGGAGGAACAGACUAUUCGUUUUUGAAUAGUCUUCCGUUUGAAGGUAAUCUAGAUUAUCUAAAUGGUAUCAGUUUUUCUAAAGGAUGUUAUCUUGGUCAGGAAACUACAGCUCGUGUGAAUUACACUGGAGUAGUACGAAAGCGUAUUGCUCCCGUUUUGUUUGCAAAGGAAAAGGAUAAAGGCCUAGAAAUAGCACAAGCCAUGAAUCAUUUUUAUGAGUGUCCCAAUGAUGCGAUAUGUCCGAUACAAACAAUGGAGCUUGAGAAUGGCUUAUCUACUGUACCUGUGAAUAGUCAAUUAUUUGCACAGAAUGACAAGGCAACCAAAGCAGUGGGUUAUAUUACUAGCAGUGUUUAUAAUAUUGGAUUAGCACGACUGGACGUUGCUUCAGCAUUUCCUAAUGGUUCUUCUGUCAUAGGUAUUCCUUUGAAUGUAGAGCAAUCGAAAAUGUAUGCAAUACCUUUAAAGCCUUUUUGGUGGCCGAGGGAAGAUAUGGAAUCAUCACAGAAAGCAACAUUUUCGGGAGAAACUUAGUAAGGAAUGAAAAGAUUAUCAGACAUCUCUCGAGUAUUUUCCAUGUAUAAAAGUUUCCACUUUAUAUGACAAAUGAAAGAUUGAAAGUAAUAAGACAUCAUUGGAGAAUGAGAUGUAUUUUGAGUGUUUGAUUGGAUGGAAUAAAAGCCUACUCCAUUUGUAUCACUUUUCAGAAUCAUAUAAGUGAUUUAC